GCAUUAAUUGCCAGCGAUUUAGUGUGUUAGUGUUUAGUGAUUUGUUAUGAAUAUAUCGAAAGUGACAACAUCGCUUGCUGCUCCGGCUGCUGCCGCCGAAAAAGCAAAACCCGAACGUGUAACAUCUGCAACAGCAGCAGCCAAUUUUAAUACAAUCAAUAUACAAAAGCGAAGUAGCGUUGAUGAUACCGACGAUACAAAUUGCAAGAAACUUAAAACGGACAUAAUUAUUUGCACGGCAGCGGGUAGUUUGCCCGCCAAACAACGUGCUGUUUCUGCUACUGCUGCAGCAUUAGAAGUAACGCCAACAACAACAGCGAUUGUACCAACAGGGACUGUCGCUUCCACGGCAGUGGUUUGCAGUGGCUUGGGUGCGGGCCUAGCCAAGACUGCGGGAGACGAACGUAUUUUAGUGACUACAACAACAGCAACCCAAUCGCUCGCUUUAACAAAUCUGCAGUUAAAAGCUGGCUUUGACGAUGCCCGGGAGCGCAGGGGAGAGCAGAUUAUAGUUUGUAAUUUUGGGACAAACACUGAAAUGAGUGCAAUUAAACCAGAUGAGGCGGUGGCCGAUAAUAGCCAAAAGCAAAGUUUUGUUACGUUUACCAAAAAAGAUGCUGCUUCUGCAUCAUCGUCAGCUUCGUCAACGUCCUCGACGGCUUCAAUUAUAUCUAUUGAGCCUAACACCGACCGCUGCAACGACCAAAGCGGCAAAACUGAGGAGAUUGACUACGUGCUGCUACCUGCCCCAACAGCCGAGAUAAAACCCGUGCACGAAACGCCCACGACUGUUAUACUAAAUACGAAUAAUGGCGCCAGUCCCGGCACUGGUGGCGCUGGUACUACAAUUGUGACGCAGAAGACGGCGACAACCAAUUAUAAUUUGUUCAAUAACAUAGCAACAACGGCUACAACUGCCACCGGCAGCCAGACGCCGACUACACUGUUAAGGGGAAUAAAUCUACCGACCAAGCUAAAGGGCCAGCAAUUGGUGGUCAACGCUAAGACACUAGCCGAAAUGAGACAAAAAACAGCGAAAGUGUCUAUCGACAACAAGACUAUAUCGGUACCGCUGGUAAAACUGCAGGGCGCUCAGAUAAUGAGUGCCAGCGGCACAACCACUACUGCCGGUGGCGCAACAAUUGUUGACAACAAGCAGAUGCAAACAGCUCAAGUGACUACAGUGAUGAGCGGGCCCGGACAAACAACUCAGCCUCAGCAUUUGAGUUUUAGUAAAGUGCUGAAUGUAAAGCGAGUCUCUGUGCAAAUUAAGCCGACCAACACGAAAAUUGUUACGUCAAAGAUGCUUAACAAGCGGAUGAUCCAUAUCCAGCAACAGCAACAACAACAUCAAGUUGCAAAUUCAUCGCUGGCGCCACCCACGGGAAGCAUUGUGACCAUAAAUACAAGCAACCCCAAUCAAACCUACACCAUGGUGCAGGAUAAAUUGCACGACGUGACCGACCAGCAAGAGCACGAGUCAACGUCCACCACCGCAUCCACAACGGUACAGACGCGCCUGGUCCCUGGCCAGAACCUCAAUUUUAAUGAGAACAUUAAAAAGAUUCUGUUGAACAAAUCCAAGAGUAUGGAGGCCGGCAACAAUGAAGCUAACGACCUAGCCAGCAUCAAUAGUGUGGUCAUCAAGCCCCUAGACAAUAACAUUAACAUCAACUGUACACCCAAUAUCAACAUAUUCAAGCAACCGGCAGGUGCCCAUCAGCAACAACAGCAGCAGCAGUCCCAACAGCAGCCGCAGUCGCAUGUGUUGACACCGUCCUCGGUCUCAGUUUGCAACGAGCUUUCCACCUCGACCGUUUCAGUGUCCGCCAUACUUAGUGAGGCGGUCGCCAAGUCGACGGCAGCUACCAUUUGUAUUACCAGUCCAGUCAGCAGCAUGAGCUCGCGUCCCAUUAUCUCGUUACAAAACAAAAACAUAUCGCUGCUCCUGUCCAAGACAACAAUGGCACAUCAAAAGCCCAAAUUGCUGACCACGCCGGCCAACAGUGCGACCAUACAGAUGCACGCGGUCAGCCAGGAGGUGGAAAAGGGGCAGCAGGCUAAGAUAAAUGUAGGAACUGCAGCAACGGCAAUGGCAACCAAGGCACAAAAUCCUCAAAACAUGAUGAACAUCAGUGUGUCCGUGGCCGCAAGUAGCGUCACUGAUGCCGCAACCACUGCCAAGGAAGUCAGCAAAGAGGAUGCCAACGAACCCAAGCCCAAUCUGAAGGCUGAGCUGUUGCUCAUUAAACAGUCGACAUCGAUGUCUGCCGAGCUGGAAAACAGCAGCAAGGAACCCCCGACGUCUACGGAACAGGUCGCCGAGGAGAUACCCACCAGUUCCAGUUCUGUUGUCGAGAAACGUAUUUUGUACACCAACAACACCAAUAGCAGUCAGAACGUCAAUGUUGCACCCUCGACGGCCCCCAGCAAGGUCGAUGACUCGAACAAUGUGCUUUUAAAGCAACUGCUCCAAAACUCCAACACAAGUCACAACCUCAACCAGAUAUCCAUCACAUCUGCCCACGUGGCCGCUAAUACUGCGCCCACGCUCUCUGCCCGCAAGGUAAUCAACGUGCGGGCACCCAGCAUGGGAAUGGUUAGCUCUUUAGAGGCACAACUGGCGCGUCCUGUAAUACCGCCCGUUCCGGCCGCACCCAGCACUAGUAGCGGAGGAGGCGGCAGUAGCGGAGGGACCAGUGGACCACCUACUGCCGUCACUGUAGCCAAUGCGCCACCACCAACACCUCCGCCGGUAUCCACACCUGUGGUAACCACGCAGGCAACAAGUGUGUCCAUUGCGCCGCCUGCCACAGUCGCACCCACCAUCAGUCAACAGCCAACGGAACCACAGAAGCUAGAGGCUGUGAUAAACAAGAACGAGCAAAUACCAGUGUUACCUCCGCCACCACCACCACCUGUUACAGUGGCACAACCAAAUCUACAACAAUCCCAGCCCCACCAGCAACCUCCACAGGUCAAGCAAUCGGUGCAGAUUGUAUCCAAGGAGACAUCUUUUAUUUCAACACCGGUAGCCCCAACUCUCAAUAAGACACCAGUAACGGAACAAGCCCCUCCCCCUCCAUACGAGCUGUCAUCCGGCGGUGCGCCUGUUUCAAAUGUUACCAUAUCCAUUACGACCAAACCAAAGGAGGUAAAGCCCAAAUUGGCCACACCGAUGGAUCACGACAGUCAUACAGAGGAGCAUGUGAGCUGUGAGCAGAGCGGAAUGGCGCGGGAUCAAUUGCAGCAGCAGCAGCUAAACGAGCAGAGCGCUUGGAAGAUGCAGGAGUCGAAUGCCAAUAGCAUGGAUACCAAUGGGGCAACUAUGGCAACCAUUAUCAAUAAGAUACCGUACAAAGUGAGCGAGGCACAAAAGCGCAAACUACAGCAGCAACAGCAGCAGCAACAACAGCAGCAGCAGCAGCAACAACAGCAACAACAACAGCAGCAGCAACAACAGCAGCAACAACAACAGCAGCAACAACAUCCACACCCACAACACCCCCAAAUGCAUGCGCCUCCUCAACAACAACAUCCACACCCACAACAACAUUUGCAUCAGCAGCCAGCACCUCAGCAUUCGCAUCAACAGCAUCCGCACCCACAUCAGCAGUUGCAGCAUCAGCAGCCACAGCCGCUGGAAGAUAAGACAGGUCAUGGCAUGCUCAGUGAAGUGAAAACCGAGCCAGGCUUGACAGUCAAUCAUGUAGUUACAGUGCCUUUGCCCGAUGUAGUCUCUGCGAGCAGUUCUGGCAUGAAGCCGCCGCUCCCAUCUUCUGCUGAAAAGGUACACCUGAUGUCGGCCAUCAUGAAGAAAGCCUCACAGACGCCGGAUCCGCCGACCGUGGAGCCGAAGGUCGGGGAUCAGCGCAAGCGGCGCAAACGGGAGUAUCAAAAGCCGCGUCGUGCCAAUCAGGCGAACCUUAACAACAACUUAAAGGACAUGCCUGGCGUUAUGCCCGCCGGCUCGAUAGUCUCUAUGGGUGGCCUGCUGACGGGCAACCAAUUCACAGGUGGCCCACUGGCUUCAAGUAACGCCUCUUACAGUGCGGGUAGCUCUCCUAUGCUAAAGAAGCGCGUGCGUAAGCUGUCCAAAGUCGAAGAAGACUACGAUGCAUUUACUGAGAAGCUCAUGACUCAUAUACGUCAGAUGCAGUCGCUGCAGGUGCUAGAACCUUUGCUCAACCGAAACUCACUUAUUGGGAGCGACGCCGGCGUCGGUGGCAAACCGAAGAGCUCGGCCUUACCGCGCGCCUUUCAGUUGCACCGUCAACUCGAUGGGGAGGAGCUGGAUCAGCUUUUGGGACCAUUCGGCAACGUGCGUCAUUCAAGUCUGCCAUCGUUAUACGAUAGCGAGCGUUUCAGCGGCACAGGCGAGGGGACCGGUCAAAGCGGUCGUUCCUCUGGCGGCGCAGCUUAUGACAGCAAGCAUCUCUCGACCAUUCAAAACGACUUCUACGACCAGGAGUUCUCCACACACAUCCAGCGGGAUCCCCGCGAACGCUUGGUGCGCCAUAUCAGCGUCGUGCGGGAUUCUAAUGUGGAGACAACUGAUCUGGUGGAGCGCGAUGCGCCCGCAGAGAAUGUCUAUGCAACGCGAUCAGAUGGCCAGGUUGCCUGGCAUGCUAUGUCGCGCCCUACGCGCUAUCCCGGACUAGUACUGCUUAACAACAACAGUGGAAGUCGUGUCCAUGGCCGUAUGUCUCCGGUCGCCCAGGCCGAAGAUGUCGUCACGCUUCGUGUGCCCGUCUCGCCUCUGCUGCGCACCUGCAGCGAGGAGCUUGCCAAGGCCCAGCAACUGGAGCAGGCACUUGGCGCGGCAGCGUCUGCGUCAACAGCUGUUACAUCAACCGGAACAGGAGUGGGAGUGGGUGUGGCAUCGGUUGCGGCUUCGGCAAGCAACAACAACAAUUACCAGCAGAAGAACCAGAAUGUGAUACUGUCGCUGCACACGUCAGCGACGGACAACAUCGCGGGUGUGCUCCGCGAUCUGGCGAACCUUCUCCAUCUGGCUCCCGCGCUCACCUGUAAGAUCAUUGAGGCGGAGAAGGGUUUCAAGCGGCCGCAAGAGCUGCGGACGGGCAACACAUCGGCCCUUAGUCAUGGUCAUCUCCAAAAGAUACUCAAUGGGCGGCGUAAAUUGUGUCGUAAUUGUUGCAGUGCUAUCGCUGCUUUCGGUCUACGCGUACCUAACCAAUUCGUGGCCGAGGGCCAGCCGCCGAUCUUGUCGCACCUGGAGAGCUUAUUGCCGCCACGGGCUGUGCCGCCGGCAUACUCUUACUUCUGCAGUCGGGUCUGCCUCACGCAGUUCAAGUGGCGUGGCAAGGAAGGCGGCACCGAGGUUGGGGAUGCUCUGGCAGCGUCCAUUCUCGCCGCAGGCCAGAAUGUAGGCUCUAACGAGUCGAUACCUGUCGAUCAGACAAUAAUCAAGGUGGAGCCCAAGCAAGAGAUCGACAGCGAGGAUGGUGCACCACCAACUCCAAAGCCGUCGGCACCGCCACGCAAGAGCAUCAUCAAGUGCUUUAGUCCUGAUUGCUUUGCCACCGAGCUGCAGGCGCGUUCCACCAUUAAGCUCGAGAACGAAUUGUCGCCCAACAAUACAGUGUGGGACAGGGACCUAUGCUCAGUUAGCGUCCUUGUGGAGGACACACGUCAGUGUGUAUUCUGUAAUCAACGUGGUGAUGGACAUGCGGACGGACCUUCGCGUCUUCUCAACUUCGAUGUGGAUAAAUGGGUUCAUCUAAACUGUGCCUUGUGGUCAAAUGGUGUAUACGAGACGGUGGCAGGUGCGCUUAUGAACUUCCAGACGGCGCUACAAGCGGGCCUGAAUCAGGCGUGCAGUGGCUGCCAUCAGAUGGGGGCUACCAUCAAAUGUUUUAAGUCGCGCUGUAACAACCUCUACCACCUGCCCUGUGCCAUCAGGGAUGAGUGUGUCUUCUACAAGAACAAGUCAGUGCACUGCAGUCUUCACGCGGCAACCAGCUCGACGGGGGCAACAUCGACGGAGAACGAGCUGACAUCGUUUGUGGUGCAUCGGCGUGUCUUUGUUGAUCGCGACGAGAACCGUCAGGUGGCCACAGUCAUGCAUUACUCGGAGCUGAGCAAUCUGUUGCGCGUCGGGAAUCUAACUUUCCUUAAUGUUGGCCAGUUAUUGCCUCAUCAGCUGGACGCGUUCCACACGCCAAACUACAUCUAUCCCAUUGGUUAUAAGGUGUGCCGCUAUUACUGGUGCGUGCGUCGUCCAAACCGACGUUGUCGCUACAUCUGCAGUAUUGCUGAGGCCGGUUGCCGUCCCGAGUUCCGCAUUUUCGUGCAGGACCCCAGUGGUGCAGAACCGGAUCGCGAAUUUCGUGAUAGCACACCCUCGCUAGUCUGGCAGCAGAUCUUGCAACCUAUCUGUCAUCUGCGGAAGGUCCACAAAUGGUUGCAACUCUUCCCACAGCACAUAAGCGGCGAGGAUUUAUUCGGGCUGACGGAGCCCGCCAUUGUACGCAUACUGGAGAGCCUGCCCGGCAUCGAAACGCUUACCAACUACCGCUUUAAGUACGGCCGCAACCCCUUGCUUGAGUUCCCGCUCGCUAUAAAUCCCUCUGGCGCGGCUCGCACCGAACCUAAACAACGCCAGCUGCUGGUCUGGCGCAAGCCCCACACCCAACGCACCGCCGGCAGCUCUAGCACCCAACGAAUGGCAAAUUCGGCAUCCAUUGCCGGUGAAGUUGCGUGCCCCUAUAGCAAGCAGUUUGUCCACUCAAAGAGCUCUCAGUACAAAAAGAUGAAGCAGGAGUGGCGCAACAAUGUCUACUUGGCGCGCUCGAAAAUUCAGGGUCUGGGAUUGUAUGCGGCACGCGACAUUGAGAAGCAUACCAUGAUAAUUGAGUACAUUGGAGAAGUCAUACGCACGGAGGUCUCUGAGCUCCGUGAGAAGCAAUACGAGUCAAAGAAUCGUGGCAUCUAUAUGUUCCGGCUGGACGAGGAUCGUGUGGUCGAUGCAACCCUCAGUGGAGGUCUCGCACGUUACAUCAAUCAUUCAUGCAAUCCGAACUGUGUCACCGAAAUCGUCGAGGUCGACCGUGAUGUACGCAUUAUAAUAUUUGCCAAGCGGAAGAUAUAUCGCGGUGAAGAGCUUUCCUAUGACUAUAAAUUUGACAUUGAGGAUGAUGCACAUAAGAUUCCGUGUGCCUGCGGUGCUCCAAAUUGUCGCAAAUGGAUGAAUUAAAUAGAUGUUGAUUCAUACGGUCGCGUUGAUGGUGGAGGUUUCCCACACUUACACACACACACAAACACACAUAAAUGUUAAUAUAUAUACCUAUAUAUACAUAUAAUAACACUGACCAACUACAGCACAACCUGUGGAGCAUUUUCUGCGUCCCAGUGAGAAAAAAGGAAGAGUUGUUAGAUAUCAGAUCAAUGUAGCAUAUUCUAUAAGCAGUUUAAGCACAGACAUGCAUAUAUACCAUACAUAUAUAUACAUAAAUAUAUAUUUGAAUAAUUAGCAUAUAGUUUAGUAAGUUGUGUAUAUGUGCCCACGAAUGCGCGUCGCUGCCACCUUGUAGCUAAUUUUUAUUCUAUUGCUCUUAAGAUUAAAGUGUUUUUUUAGUUUAAAGUUUUCAUUGAACAAUACAUGUGUAUGUGCAUAUAUAUACAAUAUACCUUUAUAUAUGGAUAUAUAUACAUAUGUAUUUAAAAAUUGAUAGAUCGAAAUGUGCACUAUGCACUUCUUUAUUCACUCACUGAUGUAUAUAUGUAUUUAUGUAGAUGAUGAUCCAAAAUCAUCUGCUAGGCGCUCGCUCAUUCGCGGGCACACAAACAUGAUGAAUUGUCGAAUUGUAGAUCAAGAGGAGGACGAACAAGAAGAUGAGGAUGGGGAGCAGUUAAUCCAGGUUCGGGCACUUUUCGUUAUGCGUGUGUGCCUUCGUUUUUGUUAUCACUACUAGACUAAAGAAAAGUAAAGAACAGGAAAGUGAAGGAUGAAGACCUUCGAAAACAAAUUGUUGUCUAAGCUAACCAACUCUUUUUACAACAGUUAAUAAUUUAAUUUUUAAAUAUUGGUAUUUUUAUUAUAAUUUUUUAUUUUACUUGUCGUCUGCUCUGAUGUAAUACACAUCAAAAUCUAAUGAUCACACAUUAUACACACCCAAAACACAUAUUUAAUUAAUGCCGCUUAACUAUUAAGUAAAUUUUAAGCAAAAAUUUGUAAGCAUUAUAGUUCGUUUGCAUAUUGUAUAUUUGUGUUGCAUUCAUUUUUUGCACAUUUUCACGAGGCCUAGAGAAAAUUUAACUAAAAGUCAACAAUUUCUGUACAUUA